CGCCGCAGACAGUGCCGCGUCCCAGAACCAGCUGAUCACUGCACACUCCUACAACAGCAAAUCGUCAUCCGCGGGGGACUAUUUUUAGCUGCGGAGUUGGAAGAGAGAUCGAGUGAGUGGCCUGGUUGUCAGAUGUGUAGACAACUGGGAAGAAGGGAGCGCGUGUAGUUCUACAACGGGAGCAGACACUUUGCAAAGUUUGGAGGAUUUGAUUACUUUUAUCAACACUGAAGGACCAUUUUCAAUUUUUUGUGCACAUUCGAAACGGAUAUAUAUACAUAUAUAUAUUUGCUUCGUGUAAGGUCACGGAGGAAAGAAGAUGUGAGAAUAGGAAAACCGGAGGCACGGAUUAAGAGAUAGCAUCGUUUCCAGGAUUAUUAUAAGGAUUAAUGCGGAUUAAAAGAGACGAGGUCAGGUCACUGUCGGAUUACUGUGGAUUAUUUGUCCAGGUAUUUAGUGUUUAGAAACGACACGUUUUUCGGGUGGUCCACCCAUGGAAAUUACAAUGUCUCUGCUUUCAUGAAUUUCUGUGACAGUUUUAUCAGUGAGGUGGUAUACACGGGUGUGUGCUGACCCCGUGGUGUUCAUGUCAAGUCGGCGAAUAUCAGCAGCACUUUGGGAUUAUUGCCGUGCGUAACCUGUGUGGCGCGUGACCACUCACACUUUCCAACUGACAAGGAGAUUACCCUUUACAAGGAGAUCAAGAUGAAGUCGAGUGGGUUGCUCCUGGGCCUCUUUGUGGCGUGUUUGUGUUUGACAGUUUUCGCUGCAAAAGAACCCAAGAAAAAACGGGGAAGGUGUAAAUGUAUGCAGAGGUUUCUCAAAGAUGUUGACAAAAUGAUUGAGAGAAAAAUGCAAAAACUCGAAGAAAAAUAUUUUCUUUCUGCAAUCAGUGACAAAGACAACUCCAGUUCCAUAUCCAAGCAGAACAGGAGGUGGUUGAAACUCAACGAAGAUGUCCACUUCACCAAGGAAGCGUUGCAAACAAUGAGCCACAACCUCCAGUUCGUUACAGAGCAGGUCAACUCGCAGAACCAGGACACGGAGUCUCUGAACGAACACUUUAACCAGCUGAACGGGUAUGUGGCCAACUUGACCGGCGUGGUGGACCGACUUGAAAGAAUGAUGAUGGCUAGGGGCAGUCUGGAGAUGACCACUUCCUCCACAAGUCCCCACGAGUCACCAUCACCGGAGCCGUCCUACCCGAGACACUGCCACGAGGUGUAUCUUCAAGGGGGCCUGAAGUUUGAGGGGGACUACCAGAUUCUCAUCAAGCCGGACGGGGCCCCCGCCCCAUUCAAGGCCGUCUGCAGGGUCUUCAACAACUGGGGAUGGACGGUGAUCCAACGACGACAGGAUGGAUCAGUGGACUUCUACCGGUCGUGGGCGGACUACAAGGUUGGGUUCGGAGACAAACACAAGGAGUUUUGGCUGGGAAACGACAACCUGCAUUAUCUAACAACACAAGGUGACACGAUGCUGCUGAUCGAGAUGCAGGACUGGGACGGCAAGAAAUACGUGGCCAACUACGAUCAUUUCAGCAUCGACAAUGAGACCAAGUUGUAUCGACUUCAUGUCAGUGGUUACCAUGGAAACGCCGGCGACUCCUUGACGUCCCACUGGGAGAACCAUGACGGCAUGGCGUUCAGCACUAAGGACAAGGACAACGACGGCCGCUACUACGACAGCUGUGCACACCACUACCACGGCGCAUGGUGGUUCAACAACUGCUUCGACUCCCACCUGAACGGCAAAUACUACACCAAGGGUUUCCACAGAAACUACUUCCAGCGUGACGGGAUUCAGUGGAACAGCAUCCAUCAGUAUUCGUCCCUGAAGCAGGUUGAGAUGAUGCUGAAGCCAGCAGAACAGCCCAAGCCUACCGCCAAGAUCAGCAACGACGUAUGAGACGCUCUCAGUACCGCGACACCACCCACCACCAGCCUGGCUCUUCUGCCAAAAGACAUCACGAAAAUAUGUGUAUCCGUAAGCUGACGGAAUAUUACAUUUGAAUCGUGUUAGUAAGACAUGGUGGUGACUAGCUUGUUGUCCACUCUAGGCAUAUGCUACUUAACUGCCACUUGAGACGUUAGGGGGCACGGGUACCCGGAUGCAAUAAUAACCACGUCGCCAUUUUUGAUAUUUUCAGUGUUGUCGGACAUUCAAAUACGCACAUUUUCUGCGCAAUUUCUGCUUCGUGUAUGUUGUUCUGAGGACUAGCACAAAGAAUUUUCAAGUCUCAAUUUUGAUGGAUUUUACAGUGGAUCUUACUCAUCUCGAUGUGACGUGUUUUCUGAAAAAAUAUCCUGAAUGACGAAGGUCAAAUAUGAUUUUUGAUCGUGAAUUUAACCAAGUGUGGAAACUGGAUGCACCUCAGACGAUGAAAAGAGUUGUGGAUGUACUCUACAUUGUGUUGCUAAGGUGUAAUCAUAUGCAACGGUUGUUGUAUCAAGUACGUUUAUUAUGUUCAUAUUUUCAACUUUGCAUGCAAUUAUGCAGUGCCUUUUUUCAAGAUACUACGUUCAGUUCAUAGACAUUGUGGAACCGGAGGAGGCGGACACGCCAUGCAAUGUGUUCAAGUUCAAAAGAUUCACCGGCUUCCAGCAUGCGCAGGCAUACCCGGAAGUCCAUGUGCAGAGACAAUCAGAGGAGAGGAUGUCUGAUACAGACAGUGUGUGACCGAGAGACAGAUCUGACCGUGCAUGACGGAAGAUGCAGUUAUUUCUUGUACAUAGUAUGUUUUCUCACAGUAUUAUCCUUAUGUCUCAAUGAUAGAUAUUGUUUGUGUUUGUGUCGUCUUGCGCAGCACGCCCUGUCGGAGCGAGACAUAAUGCUACAUGUUGCAUUAAGUCUGAUUAGGUGGCAAGUGAAUUAUUUCAUUAUUCGAUCAAAUCCAAAAGUGCGCUCAAAACUUUAGAAUUAAGAUAUAAUCCUGAUCCAUACAUGAUGAACAUUAAUAAUUUAUUUUCCCUAAUCUUUUAGGGUUUUUUAAACGUUUGAGAUUACUUUGCAAAAUGUGUCCUUAAUUAUGUAGGAAAGAAUUUGUUGUUGAAAUGGUUUUAUCAUAUUUGUGUACAGUUUGUAAAUACAGGGACAUUGAGCACGCCGAUCUUUAGUGUAGCGGAAUUGAUGUAGUUCCUGCUGGUGACACAUGCUAAACAUGGUGGGAUUAAAUGUGCCAAAUCACAGUGAAGUAUACACAAGUACAACCACGAGACACCAGUAUCAGAAAUCGCUGACUACCUGUACAAGGGACUCUCUUGAAACAAAUCACAAUCUGAAUUCUGAUGCUAUAUACAAGUAUUUAUGUCUUUGUCAUUGUAAUUUUGGGCACAUCAACAGUAGAAAAGAAAUGAUUCAUAGCUUACACAAACCCGUACACAUACAUAUGGUUGUACUUCAAAUAAUGUUGCUUUUGAAACCGAUUGUGCAUUUUCUAGAUUGCCAUCGACGUUGUUGCAGAAAUAAAUUGUGAAUAAAUACUUGAUACAGUUCAUUCUUUGAUUUCCAUGUGUUGUAAACAUUUAUUUGACAACAGUCACGUGUUCUGUCUCAAAGGAUAUUGAUAAGUUCGCCCUAGGACAAGUGCCUCACUUUAUAAUCUGUAUUUUGUCUCUUGUAGAAUCUAUAAGUUCUCUUAUUUCUGUAGGAAUAAAAGUUGUUGAUUUUUUUUUA